AUGGCUCCUGCUAGCCUAGCUCGUCGGGACAUUAUCAGAAAGCUGGUCGAUCUGAUUGGAAACACAUCCAUCAUGGCGGUUUUGAUACAUCUCAUUGGUACUGAUGAACACCUUUAUUCCGAUUGUACCGAUGUGAUCCAGUGGCUGAGAGAAUCAGAUGUGCUGGAGAUGGAGUUGUUUGUAUCACCUGCUUUCUCAGCUCUGGGGAAACCACCUCCUAGGAUUGGGAACAUUGGACAUAUUGCACGUGCAGCGAACAACCUUGGUUUCGAUCCUAUCAAAAAAGUUGACAACCUGACUUCCCACCGUCUCAUCGGGUUUGCUGGAUCAAGCCGAGGACAAAGACGACUGUGCGAACUAUCUUUGGCAUUCGCUUACCUGUCAUUUUAUCAUGCUCCACAGAAGCCUGUUAAUUUAGACUUGAUUAUAGCUGGAACAAUGGGUGGGAGAUGGUCUAAUUCAAAAACUAGAACAUCAUGGAUCAAUAGUGCCAACUUUACCAAGUUGCAAUUGGUCUUUAGGAUGGUGGCAAGUUGCCAUGUUAUUUGGAUAUGUAUGCUUCUACUAAAUAGCUUUACACGCGUCACUGCUUUUCAAGCUGAUAAGGUUGGAUAUGGAGAAAUUAUGUGUGAUGGAAGUUACCUCGACACUGUUUUGGCUGAUGGUGCUAAAAGAGCAACAGAAAUAGCAGAUAAUACUUUAACAAAAUGUCUACCAGGCAAUGGGAUUGUUGGGGUGAUGAGAAGAGUAGUUGAUGCUGUUUGA